AUGACCUCGACUUUGCAGUUGAGCAACCCCAGCGUCCCGGAUCCCGGCGGUGCAUGUUUCUAUCUCGACCUUCCCCGCGAGUUACGAGACAUAAUACACUCGUACGCCUUGACAUAUAUGUUUGGCCUGAUUAGCGCACCGAACGAGCUUUGUCUCUCGACAUUCAAGCGUCGCGGACCUGACCCACGGGACGACUCUUGCUGGUGGAAAGAUCCUGCGCCCUGGGUCCCAAAACUCGAGCCUUGCCUCCAGCAUGAACGUCCACCGAGCCAGGAAAUCGAGAGAGUUACAAUGCUGGGCGAUCCCAAUCCACUUCGCCUAGUUUGUCACCAGACCCGUGCUGAGACACACGGGCUCUUGUUAGACUUGAACAACAUUCGCUUCAUUUAUCGACACGAGCACUGCAACUACUACAACUUAUAUGGGGACGAAUUCAGCAGGGAGAUUGACACGAAUGAGUUGUUUCGGUUGUUUUAUCACCAAUGCAGCGCGACCGACAAGAAUCGCCUCCGCCGGAUAACCAUCGAACGAACCUGUGACGCGAUUGUACAAACACCCGAAGCCCACAAUAUCCUGGCAGGCUAUAUGCGAGACUACGCCCACUACAAAAACAUCUCCUUUCUAAUUCGCUUUAGACUAGUUCAUGAUAACCCAUGGGAGUUUCAUGGGAAAAUGACGCAGGUCUUCAGUCUGGUUCUCAAAGGACCACAGAUUAGCCGUUUCGCUGCAGCGUCCCUCAAGAAAGGACUUGACAUAUCUCAGGAGGUGCAAAGGAGACUUCUCCAUCUCUCGGGGUCGGCAACGGUACCACAUAAUGUGCAUUUCUUGAUACAAGAGGAAUCUUCAGAGCACGUGGUGAAAGCGUAG